AUGAUUGCUAUUGGUAAAGUAAACAUCACAUAUGGAAAGCAAAUGCUUCAUCACAAACCACUCCCAAAAACCUGCUAUAAAGUUUCAAUUCAAGAUGCAUUGCUGGAUGCAGCAUGCAUACCAAACAUAGGAAAUAACGGUUUCAAAAUCGUUAAGGAUGCAGUUGGUUGUUUUGCGGCAUGGCCAAAGGAUCAGGUCAUUUUAAUUGAUCAAGAAAAGGUAACACCACCAUCUACCAUACCAAAGGAUGGUGAGAAAACAACUGCACCUAAAGUACCACCUAAGCGCAAAUUUGGCAGUUCUGCUUCGGUGCUAAAACAAGCCAUGCCCAAUAAGAAGAUUCAAAAGAAUUUACAGUUGUGA